AUGGCGUUGCAGGUCUGUCGGUGUCUGUCCAAAUAUGUCAGCACGAACGUUGGAAGAAAAUUUCAAGGCGGCAUCUGCUCAACGUACAGAUUAAUAGGGUUUAAGGCUUCGCGAAGAACUUUGGUCAGUCAUCUUGGCCCAUAUGGGUCACUUCGUGUUUCGUCAACAACUGGAGGCCUGCCCUUUCGAGGCUUUCACUUUACCGUCUCUGUAUGCAACGGGAAGAUAGUAGACGUAGAAGGGCCCACGUUUCCGGAGUCAAUUUCAGAGGGGGACAUCCGAUGGACAAAAAAGAAGGGCGAUUUCGUCAAGGAAGACGAGGUUGUCGCCGAGAUCGAAACCGACAAGACCAAUAUAGAAGUUCCGGCAUCGUCGUCGGGUAUCAUCGAGGAGCUGCUCGUUGCCGACGGUUCCAAGGUGACAUCCAGGCAACUGAUUUACAAGAUCCGAUUAGCAGAUCAAGCUCCGUUGAAACCGGCGUCGACAGAAGCGAAGCCUGAGCCUUCAGGAAAAACGGAACCUAUGAGUAGCGCUUCUAAGCGAGUCUUCGAAAGUCGACCUCCAGUGUCCCGUCCUCCAUUGGUGACCGUGCCGCUGCCGGAAGCGUCUUCUCAACCUCGGGUCAUCGCCCCUCCUCCGCUUCAGAUCACCAGAGCACCUUCGACGCUUCCGCCUUCGCUUCCUCCUCCG